GUGACAAACACACGUGCUGGUUACUAACGUCAGUCUCUUCAUGUCAUGUUACUUACCAUGCACCUCAUGCACUUGACUUGAUGUGCUUAUGCGUCUAUGGCCGGGUGGGUGCCUUUGGGACGUUCCCUCUCUUACACACUCACUCGAUCGAUCAUGCACACACACAUCCAAUCCAUUGCUUGUCAUCCAUCCGAUCUGGCAGCUUUCCCACCACACCCAUCCAUCACACACACCACACCCACCUACUUGCGCACCGACCCUAUCAGCCAGCCAGCCAUGCAGGCCCAUCCAUCCAUCCAUCCAUCCUGCGGGCAUCACAUCGAAUGUGUACAGAAAUACCAACCGAGAGAGAGACAAGUGAGUCGACUGAAUCCACCCCACCCCACCACACACAGCAACAGCAACGGCAAGCAGUGAGAGAGAGGGGUUCGUAUGGAGUGGAGUGGGUGGCCGAGCGGGGUGAAUGAGUGGGGAAGGAACGUGCAGACAAACACAACAGCCAGCCAUUCGUGUGACCAUUUUGCCCCUCCCUCCCUCCCUCCAUCCAUCCAUCCACCCGUCGAUCCCUGCUCAGUUGCGAGCAGAGAAGGAGAGGCCAGGCAGGGCAAUCGAUGGAAGAGGGCAUCUGUGCAGUCAUAUGUGCGUUCUCUGCCUCGAUAUUCCUGAAGAAAUCCGUGUGCAUAAGAAAAGGACUUCUACGCUGUCUGUCUGUCUGUCUGUCUGUCUGACGGGCAGAAAAAGAGCUCGGAUCGAUCAACGCAAAACGUAGCAAGUAAAAAGCAAAAAUUUAGCAAGAGUGAGUGGUAGAGACAAAGAGACAGAGACAAAGAGAGAACGCCCGAAACAAAGCCCCCCAGAUCGGAGAGAGCGACAGGGAGUGUAAACGACGCAACACAUCCAGCCCCCAUCCCAUUCCUGCCUGCCACGCAUCGCAUCGCCGAACCAGCCAGCCAGUAAGUCAGUGGGUCAGCCCAUUUGUUGCCCCUGCCUGCCCGCCCCGCCAUAUCCAUGGUUAUGCCUCCCUCUUUCGGCGGGUCCAUCCAGCCAGCCAGCUCAAUCAGUCAAUCAGUCAAUCCCUCCCUCCAUCCUGCCCAAAUCGACCGGCCCCCUGUCGUCCCCCCCAUCGCUGCCCUCUCGCCGCCUCCUUGCCGGCAGCUCCACAGACCGGAUAUCCCUCUCCCUCUCCCUCUCGCCCCGACCAUCAUCCAGCACCCACCUUCGCACAUGCGUCACGCUGGUGCCGUCGUGAUCAUCGCACUGGUGGUGCUCAUGCUCAGGGUCAUUUGAAUGUGCCUCUCGCCUCAAGCAUGGCAUGCUCGCAUAGUGGUAGAUGGUCAUGGGCGCACCGUCGUGCUCGUCGCCGCGUUCGGAUGAGGCGUCGUCUGGCUCCUCGGGUAUGGGCGGGAGACGGCAUGAUACACUGUGCAGGGGGUGAGGAGGGGGCGGGGGCGCGCUGGGCAGAGGCGAUAACGGCGGCGGACGGGUCAUGUUCCGACAAGGGGCCCUGCAGACAACAGACAGAGAGCACACCACAAGGGCGACAGACAGGUGCAUCCGGCCGUCAGAGUGUUUUCAUUUAUUGGUCUCUCUCGCGUACGUACCUUCUGCCCUUUGCCUGCAGGCCGAGCAGGGACGUCACCCCCGCCAGGCCGACUCGCCCACCCCUCUCGUCGUCAACCUCACCUGCGCGUGACGGGAAAAACUGGGGAGAGAAACUCGACGUCCGCCUGAAGGGCGGCCGGGGCCCGCUGCUCGUCGUGCCGGUGUGGGGUGGUAGUGGGGGAGGGGGCAGGGGGUCCGGGAAGGCCACACAUGGCAUGUGCGGGGUGGGUGAGGGCGAGGAUGCCUCGGAGUCCGACGCGACUGACGGCGAGAAGGUGACCAGCGGAUCAUUGGCCCAGUCUGCAUCGCUCAGUGGAUCGGACGAGGCAGCUGAAUACGGGGAGGGCGCCACGGUCGACGACGUGCUCGAUUGAACGCUGGAGCCGCCAUCGUCUCGCGUGCCGUGAAGCUUGACCACACCGCCGCUCACAACCAGCACGCCGCCCCCAUUGGCUCUCGGCCCCCUGUUGCCGGCGCAGUCCCUGUGCGUUUGCCUCUGCGCCUCGACGUGGAAAGCGGCCCAUUUCCUCCGCUGACAAAUGUGAAUGGCGGCCACCCCAACACCACACGACAGGAUGCCGAAACUCACCACCGCACACACCAACACCACACUCCCUCCUCCCCCUGCCCCACCCCUGCCGCCAUUCCCGCGGUCCUCAGAGCCGUCCAUUCCCACCCGCCUCUGCUGCUGCUGCAUCGCUUGCUCUUCCUCGAGAGAGAGGGGCAUCCGCACAGCCGCCUGACAUUCGCCGUUGAAGCACACGCCUUCUGGGCAUGGAGCCCCCUCGUCCAUGAAUGCCCCGGGCUCGCAUGCGCCUGUCUGAGGGUUGCACGCUGACGGGAGCCGGCAUGGCGGGGAGGGACAGACGACGUGCUCGCAGCGGUCGCCCCACCGACCCUGGCCGGCCAUCAACAAGUGACAGUCGCUGACGUUGGACGAUGGUGAUGAUGAAGAUGGCGGGUCGGCACACGGCGCAGUGGCACUUCCCUCCUCCCUCCUGAUGUUGUCGUGCUGCUGUGCGUGUGCUUGUGCGUGUGCUUGUGGGGGGAGAUGCAGAGGGCCCUCGUCCUUCGGACGCAACGAUGGCGUGCUGGUGUCGCCCCCCCGUGCCCACCCCUUCCCCCACCUGGCCGCCUCUGCCGCCGCCGGCUCGUGAGUCAGCACGCCUCCCCCUUGACACGGCCAUGGCCCCGAGAUGGCCAUGGGCCAUGGGAAGGCCCCCAACGGCUCGGUGUCGUUGCGCAGCCAGCAGAGACCGACGGGACGGGUGCCGUUGGCCACCAGAGGGAUCAUGUGAGAAGGGAUGGGGGGCUCGGCAAGGAAGAAGGUGAACGAGUGGCAGGACGGCAGGGUCUCACAGUGGUGGAAGCAGGUGAGUAGCGAGGGACAGUCCAUCAGAGCGAGAGGGGCAUCGGGGACACUCCAAGUGGAGUUGACUUCAAAACACGCUGGCAUGACAACAGACGAAAGCAAAAGCAAUCUUGAUAGCCAUUGUUGCGUGUACGUCAAGUUUGUGGGGCCCACCCACCUGGUCCCCACACUUGGUUCCAGCACAGCUCUAGUGGUUCCUCGUGCCCACCCUCUCCUUGCUGUCCCUUGCCGCUCCCCCGCAUCCCACACACAUUGCCCUGCCUGUGGUCGCCCCCUCUGUGCGUGGCUGCCGUCUCAACCCCCACCCCCAGCACCAGACGCUCCGUCAGCUCGGUCAAUGCCAGCGUGACGAUCAGCCAGACGGCAAACCACGCCACAAGCGACGUCCAGAAGGACGGGGAUUGGGCUGCUCGGUGUGGUGGUCGGCCCAGUGCUCGGGUCUCCCGCGUGUAGUGGCGCUUCGCGUGCAGGAUGGCUGCGUCGGGUGGGCAGGCAGACAUCGGUCGGUGGGUGGGUGGGCAGCCAGCUGCAGUGCUACUCACUUUGGAGCGGGGCGCGGCGUGUCAUCGGGCCCGUGUUGCUCGCCUGGCAGUCGCCCUCCUUUCUGCCGGCAGUCCACGCGCCAUCCUUCAAUUGUCAGGCAGGCAGCACCAAGAGAGGAGAAAAGAGAAGAGAAAGCCGCCGUAUGUAGUUCAAAAAGCCGCACGGGGGGGUCAGCCGGGCAAGCCGUGUUGCCCUGUCUGUCGACACUCUACCAACGCCAGACAACGCCUCAGUCAAAUUUUCCACUGCAGAAAAUGAGCCAGACAGCGUUUCCCGAAGGGUGAUAGAGGGAG